GGCGACGCGGGGUCGCGUGGUGCGGUCGCGUGUAUCGUUGCUAUCGCUCGAGUGACGUACGGAACCGCUUCGUGUGUUCGCGCUCGCGUACGCGCCGCAUUCCAUCGUGGGGGCCCUUCGCCGCUAUUGGCCGAUCCCGCGUGACGUCACACCUCGUAAUGAGGUAUUCAACAUGGCCGUGUAGCUAGUUCGCGAGUGUGCUUCGUUACUCGUUUGAAUGGAUUUAAUCAGUGAAAUAUGCCAAGGAGACGAAACGGUGAGAUACCCUUGCCCGACGGAUGGGAUUACGCGAGGGACUUUGACGGAAAACUGUAUUUCAUCGACCACAACAGUAGAAAAACGACGUGGAUCGACCCGCGAGACAGAUAUACUAAGCCACAGACAUUCGCGGACUGCAUUGGCAAUGAGCUGCCUCUUGGAUGGGAGGAGGCUUACGAUCCACAGAUCGGACGAUAUUACAUCAACCAUGUCAAUCAGGUGACGCAGUUAGAAGACCCGAGAUUAGAAUGGCUCAGCAUUCAAGAAGCGAUGCUGAGGGAGUACCUCCAUACUGCACAGGAGGCUCUCGAGGUGAGUACAACGUUUUAAAAGACUAUAGUAGUCCUUAAUAUCAAAGUGAUAUCAACAGAAAUAAAAGAAAAGAGAGAGAAAGAAGAAUGAAUUAAACUUUAAUUUCGCAGCUGACCACUAGUUUGUAGUGGCUCAUGUUUUGUUAUUAUCUAAUCAAAAGCAUUCAAAAUUAUUAAAUCAACUAGAAAUACUUCAUAUAUAUCUUUUGCUUUCAAGUUAAUCAUGCCUCUAUAAAAAUUAAUACAACAUUUUCUCCCAACAAUUUGCCUUCCAUGUCUCGAAGCACUCAGCAUUAAUGGUUUAUCUUGCUUCAUCAAUCGAUCAGUUUCAUUUUAAUGUGCUGAUACGAAGGCAAUGUUGUCGAUAAUUUUAACUUGACUUCGUCGUCUAUCGAGUGCAGCUGUUGCUUAUCGGACAUCCAUCGAUAAACGCUUUACUCGUUCGUAUCAGUGGAGCAAUGUCAUUGGAUUUAAUUUUAACUCAAUUAAUUUGUGACGUUAGCACUAGAUUGUUGAGAUGCUGGUUCGAAAUGUUUAAGCGAUUUUAGACCUUGGGAUCAUUUGUAGAUUUCGUUGAAAUAAGAAUAUUAAAAUUCAACGGAUGUUCACUAUUAAACUGUCAAACACCAAGCGGUCACCGGUGACCGCGACCUAUUGUUCUUUAAUUGUGUCUAUAAAACCGGUACUCGACGAGUUAAUUGUUUUCGGAAGCGAAUUAAUUAAGUUAGUGACUUUGUAGUCUAGUUAGAUGAAAUAUUUUUACAUUUCAUUGUAUUUUUAAGGAAGGUUGUAGGAUAUUGGAUAUCACACUGUGGUGAUUGGAUUAGAAGUGCGAGAGAAACCGCAAAGCUAGUUAACUACAAGAGAAACAUUGAAUACAAUAAUGGUCUACCCACUCUUGGGGGAGGAGCAUCUGGCACAUGAAUACAAUAUUGACAGUCUGUGGGAAUAGAAAACAGAAUUAGCCUCGUUUUGUGUGUCAUUUGGACUUAGUGUAGCGGUACACGAUCAUCAAGUUCAUGGAUUUAAAUGUCAUUUGGCAUCACCAUGACCCUUUUAUCCACCACGACGCGACAUUUUGUGCUGUUAUAACCACUAUUAUCUCCGUCUCACUUAACAUUUUCAAAAUUUUAAACGUGGUCUUUCAAGGGUCCUUAUAAUCGAGUGCUUCCUCCAAUAAGAGGAUAAACAAAAUGGUUCAAGUACUGUUAAUUUUAAAUAAUUAUCUGGAGUGGAAACGUGAUAAUAUCAGUCUUGCUAUUAUGCAAGUGAAUAGUUAGCAAUACAUACAAUGUAUAUUGCCAUUAUCAAAGGUUGAAGCCUUAUCUCUUUAGAGCGACGUACACGACACAGAUAAUGUUAUACGUUGUUUGUUGUAUUGGUUUACGCACGAUAAAUGUUUAGAUGCAAACAAACAAAUUCAGAAAAGUUUUGCACCAGAAUUGAUUCAGGUUGACAUAAAUUGACAAAACAUAUUAAUUAAAGGAUUGGCAGAAGUCCAUCAACUUUCACGCAUUAAGUUGAAUUCUGCAGAAGAAUCAAGUUCUACACUAUAAUAUUGAACUUAGCAAUGGCAUCGUUUCCAUAAAACUGAAAGAAAUAUAGCAAAGAAGAUAUUGAAAGGUUAAACAGGCAAUUAAAAUGUGAUGAAAUUAAAUGAAACUUGGCUAUCUAUAAUUAAUGUGCUCGAAGGCACAUUAAACACUCGUUUAGUGGCUUCUCUGCCAGAUAAGGAUGGAAUGCGAUCGUGCCCUGAUACUGAGAUAAGAGAUAAGUGGUUGCGGUAUUGUUUCGAAUUGAGCACGCAAUGAGACGAGACUUGAUGGAGCAAAGUUCAGUCAGGAAGUGAAGUUGGACGCAGUUUAGUUUUAAUUUUCUGAUGGUUGGAUUAAGAAAUUGUUGGAUAAUGUUUAAAAGCUAGAUAAUAGAUAGUUUAAAAGACAUUUUUCUGAAGAAAAUAACAAAACAUAGAAGGAGAUGUAUGAAAGUUUUUUGAUAUUUGUUAAAAUAUCGUUAUGGUAUCGAUUCAAAGAGACGAUGUGAUGACGAUAACAAUGAAUUCAAAAGCGCCAAAGCCAAUGUUGACUUAAAGGUCAUUGUAAUUUGUUAAGCUAAGAUAAACAUAAAUAACAACAAUAAAAGGGCUUUACAAACAAUUGUCUGUCUUGCAAUAUUUACUGCAAUUCAAGUGACAAGCUAAGGUUGAAAUAUACUUCCUUAAUUGAGGAUUAUGACGACAAAUAUUUGUUCGUGCGAAAUCAGGGUUAAUUUAUAUUUUGUGUCAUUGAAACAACUGCAGUUAAAUGCUAUGGUAUGUGUUCCAAUUAAUUCCACAUUAUUGUCUGAACUUACAUAAAGUUGUCUUGAUGCAAAUCUGGCUUUAAAUUUAAGAAUUUUUUUGUUACUUUCUCAAGUUUUUUGUGUGAAAUCAGAGAAAAUGAUAAAAUUAUAUGAAAGGCCAUUUCGAAUAGUUUCCUGUUACCUACGAAUACUAGGUUAUGGACUUCAAACAUCUCACGUCCACAUUCGCACUCUGAAUACCGUUAUCACGACGAAUCUGCAUUCGUUUAGCGAGAACAUACGUGAUUUUACCUUCGCAUUAGGUUUUUAAAAGAUUUUAUUUAGAACCAGAAUCGUGAUAUUCGCUACAAUUCGAAAUCUUUAGUUUUUGGGCCAGCGUUGAUCAUGAUCUGCUGUUGGACUUACAUAACAGCGAUUGGAAUGAGAAGGUAAAAUAAAUUAUGAACCAUUUAGGCUAACCACUUCAAGUUUUGGAAUUUAUUUUCCAAUUAAAUGUAGAUUUUAUAAAGCAUUCAACCUUGUAUUAGCCUAGUAUAAGUCUAGCUAGGUUAUUUGACGUACUAACAAUACUUUGAACUACGUAGAGCUUGAAGGAAAUGAUAUUUAAAUUAACACAAUUUCAACGACUGAACCUUGAUAUUUAGCUCCAAUUAGUUUGUUCUCAACUGUCAAAAUAUUGAGGCUGUUAUGUCUGAGACAUUUCAGAAUUUGCAACCAUACACAACUUGCGAUAAAAGGCACAGAAUGUUUUGAUUUUGCACUAAAAUUGAAUUUGUGCUGUUUAUUAGAAUCGAUUCGGGUGUGGUGUGUUAUAAAUUUAGAAUAAUGCUACAACUUAGAAUUCGAUAUUAGUAUCGAAACAGACAGAAGUAUUUCAGAAGUAACAUUGUAAUCAGUACCUAAAUCAUUACGCGCAAUAAUUUCUAAUAGGAAUGUGACAGACGUCACUGACGAUAGAGCGGCAGUCAUCAGUGAUAACCUUCAUUUCUGCCAAUUGACGUCAAUUGAUUGAUAACUCCGGUGCAAGUAAACAAAAAGAUACAUUAGAAUGAUCAAUUGCCGUAACCCAAGACCUUAGACCUCUGAGUGCGCAAAUUGAUGUGGAUAUGCUCCAUGCACAGAGAUUAUAAUGUACUCUGUCAUUAUUUUUUACAUCUGCCAUAUGGCCUCUGUCUCAAAAGGUCGUUUGGUCAAAUUCUCUCGAUAUCAUUCUAAUGAAAGAUGUAAAAUUCCUAACCAUUAACCAUUUAUAGCAUGAUGCCGAAUAAAUGCGUUUUCUUUCUUCUAAUGUUUAAACUGGCGCCAGUUCAUAGUGUCUUUAGCCUUUCAAUUUGUCUUAAAACCUUCAAUUUACUUGGAAACUACGACAUUUUGAACAUAUUAUAUGACUCAAUGUUUUCUAACAAUAAAGUAUCUAGUAAAAUAGCUUGUAGAUAUUCUAUCUCGCUAUAAACCUUGCAAAACAUGUUAGCUUACUCAUAAUACCAAGAAAAUGACAUUCUAACAUCUUUUAUGUAAUCCCCCACGUGUUUUGGUGCUCAAAAAUAUGUAAACAGUAGGUGUUGUAAGUUGGGCUGUGGCCGGAAAAGGUACGCAUGCUUUAUGUAGUAUGUCUUCAUAAAUUGUGUAAACUUGGGUUUAUCGAGUCUUUAAAAUAUUUAAGCCCCAAAAUUCCUCUCUUAAAACAAUCUUAUGAAAUCUUAGUCAUCAGUUUAGGAUUUAGAACCUUAAGAUGCACUUGAGCAGUACAAUUUUGUUUCAAAAUAGAUCGUCAUAUCUCUAACCACACUUUAAAUUCUGCUUCAUUGUCCAUUCUAGAUACAGUGUAUAUGUGCACAGGAAAUUGUAAGACACAAUAGUAUCUUUUCUCAUAACUCUUUAGGUUGUUAGGUUUAAACAACCUGCAUGAAUCAGAUGGUCGAACGCGCUAUAAAGGUAAACCACAUCAGCACAGAAUGGUCAGGGAUUUAUGUUAUAGCCGUCUUGGUCACAGUUUGUUUUAGAUUAAGAUAUCUUCUUCUGACUCUUUGCUUUGAAGAAUUUUAUAGUUUCAGUUUUAUGAAGAGUUAUAAUUUUUGAGCAAAAUUAUUUGAAAAUAGGUUAGUUUAGCACCGAGAUCAAGAGGUAUACAUUGAAGUGCGUUAAGGUAAAAAAAAAUGUGAAAGGUCUCAACAAUUUUGAAAGGUCAUGGAUCACAUAAUUAUGGACUUCCCAAAUAUCUGGUAAUGGCCAAAUUUCUUAGUUAGUUUUAAAGCGUUAACCACGAAAUAGUAAUACAUGUUGCGUGCAAACACAUUUAACUGAUCGGAUAUUGCGUUCCGAUGCGUGAGUCAAUCUUUCGAUAGGCGCUCCAAUUCUGCGUAGCGAUUUGUUCCCCGAAUAGACGCGUGCGCAGGUUUUAGACUGUUUUAAUUUUCUUGUAAAACAUAGUUAUUUUUUUGGG